AUGAAGUUUGGCAAAAGGUUACGUGAUGAACAAUGUCCCGAGUGGAGAUUGUCCUAUAUGGACUACAAGGGAUCUAAAAAAUUAAUUAAAAGAAUUCAAACUAAAUUGGAGGAGAGAUAUCAUAUUGACUUGCAAAUGAUUUUAAACGAAGUACCUCCGAGUGAAAUUGGUGUACCCACCGAUUACUUGGACAAGGAAUUAACAUCAUUUGCCGAUGAAAUGUUUUAUGCUGCUACUGGUUCCAAUGUAGAGGAAAAGUCAGAAAAUAAUUUUAUUAAUUAUUUGGAGGAGCACGGAUUGGGAGGAAUGUAUUUACAAAUUGUGCCAAAAGAAACUUGCCAAUUUUUCAACAAACUUGAAAAGGAAUUAGAUAAGGUAAACAAAUUUUAUCUUCAAACUGAAAGAAAAUUUUGUGUUAGACAUGCCGAAUUAAUGAUGCAAUUGAGUGUGGGUUUAACAGAACCAUUAUCCAAAAAUGACAAACAAAAAGUAAGAAGUGCAUUCCAAGAGCAUUAUAGAGCCCUUCUUUUAUUAAUGAAUUUUAGAACUCUUAAUUUUCAAGGCUUUUCCAACAUUUUGAAAAAGGAAAUUCCUUUACCAUUCGAAAUUUCCAGAAUGAUCAAGGCAAAGGAAAAGGAAAUAACUAAUGUAGACAGUAUGUACAAUUUUUUGAACAUUCUUUUUCUAACUCUAAUAGAAUUGUUGCACUAUAUUUUCUUCUUCUGUAACCCUAGAUCUGACGAAGACACUAUCGAUAAGGAUAUUAAGAAACUAAAGAGAUUAAAUCCAAGAAAUUUACUCAAGACCAGUCUUUCACAUGUUUCUUCCAUGUUGGGAGGUGGCUUUGCAGCACUUUCAAAAGACAACCAUGACACUUCAAUAGAACUGCAACCGAUCAAGACCCCUAUAACUAUUCCAUCACAGCAACCAAUCCAAACACCAUCUCAACAAAAACAACCAACCUUGAAAAGUACCUAUUCUGUCGAUAGUAUUCACUCUGAAGGAGAUGAAAUAAGAAAGUCCAAUAGCGAGUUUUACAAAAAUCCAAAACCUGCCUCAACCUUUGUUAUUGAUAUUGAGGAAGAGAAUUCAUCCGAUCAAAUAGAUUUAGCAAGAAGAAAGAAUUCCAUCCUAAUAAGUGGUAAUCCUAUCAAUAUCACCUCACCAGUAACUCGCAUACCUCAAUUAGCUUCUCCAUCCACUACUGACACGAUUAAUACUUCAAACGUGACUUCUACAUCUUCUGCAAAGGAAGCUGCAUCCAAACCAAAACUUUCCAUCAGUACUGAUUCGCCACGAAAGAGAGAAACUGUUCUUGUGAAAACCAAAUCAUUCAGAGCAAAAGAAACAGCUUCUUCUCAAUCAGCACCAAAAACUAGAAUUACCAUUGAGGAUGAUGAAGUUCCACAAACACCUCAUUUAACCACAAUUCUUGGUCAAAUCUUUUCAAAUCCUGGUAGUGGAGGUGAAGAAGAUAACUUGGAAACAGACAACCAGGAAGUUUUUACAACAUGUAUAGGAUAUUUAAUAUUUAAUCAAGAGACAAAAUUAUCACAGAAGGAAAUUGAAGAUCUCAACCUUUCGGAUCAAGAUGCAGAUUAUUAUCCUUUAAAUUUUAGAAUUAGAGUUGGAGUUAUUUAUUUAUUAUAUUUCCUGUAUUGUACACAACCAAAAACUAUUCAAUCAGCAUCUCACAAACAAAAACCAGUACAAAUCAAAAUAUCAAUUGAUGCUUUUAAAGAACUUGUAAAUAUGAUGGAACAAUUUAUCGAGAAGGAUUUGACAGAGCCUUAUAUUGUGUUGAGCAGACUGAGAAGUCUUUCUGCUUUCGAAUAUUGUGCAAUGACCUAUGUUGAUCCAGUAAUGAGCUCUCUCAAAGAUCCUAAUGAUAAUUUGGAAGAAGAGUUGGUAUCUGAUGAAGUUGCCAAAAUUGCCACCACAAGUCACAUACCUAAAUUGGCUAUGGAAGAAUUGAAACAAGUUGCUGUUGACUAUCAAACAGUUAAAGAAGAUAUUGUAAAAGGAAUUGAACGAUCAAGUGAUAAUAUUACUCAUCAACAUACAGUUAUAGGACAAAUAUCUGUUGCUAAAAGUUUAGGGUUAUGUAAAUCUGAAUUUGUGGACGAAUUAAAAAGUCAAAGUAAUAGCUUGGUAGUAACAGAUGAACUAAAGAUCACUCAAUUUUUGGAUAAGUGGGAGAAUGACCCUUCAGGAAGUUCACUUAUUAAAAAGAAGAGAAGGAAAAAGAGAGUUAAGAAAAAAGAUGAUGAUACUCCAAAGGUGGUCAACCAAACAACCAAAAAACCUCCAUCAAAAGUUUCCAUCGAGGUCAGUAAGGCUGUCAAUGAUUAUAUUGCUACAUCAUUCCAACCUGGAGAAGAGGAACCUACUAAAAAGAAAAAGAAGGCUGCCCCAAAAAGAAAAAAGGAUCAAGAUGAAGAAAAUGAGGAACCAAAGAAGAAGAAAUCAAAAAAGAAGGAAUCUACCGAAUCAUCUGAAAAAAAGACCAAGAAGAAAUCAAAGAAGAAAGAUGAUCAAAUUGUCGAGGAAGAAGCUGGAGAACCCAAGAAAAAGAAAUCAAAGAAGAGGGAUAAUGAAGAGGAACCAAAGAAAAAGAAAUCAAAAAAGAAAGCAGAAAGUGAAGACGAAUCUGACCAAAAGACUAAAAAGAAAAAGUCAAAAAAGAAAGAAUCUGAAAAAAAGACCAAGUCUUCUUCAAAAAAGAAGGAUACAAGCAAAAAGAAGAAAUCUAAAGAUACUGAAGAAAAUGAAGAAGCAAAAGAAACUGGUUUGGAAUAA